UUCAAAUGUCAAUGUCAGCUGUUAAAAUUAAAUUGCGAAUUUACAAUUUUUAUAAUUCGGGAGUUAAAGAAAAUGCCGUUCAUUUAAUUUGUACCGUACAUAUUUUUAUGUGAAGUUCUUAGUAGUUGGUGUAAAUAUGUGUAAUUUUCUAGUUGUGUAAAAAUAUCCUGAUUUUUUACAUCGAAAUUUUAAUAAUAAAUUAAAAAUGAAUAACAGUUCCGAUUAUAUUUAUUGGUCGGAGCUUCAUUGCUCUAAAGACGCACUAACAGAUACCUAUGGAUGGUUUAUGCAGUUUUUGCUUGCUGUUUUGGCUUUUACAUGCUUAAUUGGUAAAAGAUUCUGUGAGCCACGCUAUGCUAGAAGACCUUGGUUGAUUUGGUUUUAUGAUACAUCAAAGCAAGGUUUAGGUGCCCUCAUCAUACAUGCAGCUAAUGUGUGGUUGUCACCGCACCUUACAGGAAAUCCAUGCACAUGGUAUAUAGUAAACUUUAUGUUGGACUCAACAUUAGGUUUACUUAUAAUAUGGGCUGGAAUAAGAUUGGCUCAGUAUUGUGCCAGGACUUAUGAUAUUCCGCUAAUUAAUUUUGGAGAAUAUGGCAAACCCCCAAUGUGUGCAGCUUGGAUAUGCCAGUGUAUUCUAUACGCAGCAUUGGCGACAUUUGCCAAAUCCGUACUAGCUUUAGUACUUCGACUGCCGCCCGUGGUGGCCGUACUCUCAACACUUCGACUCUCGCCAGUCUCCGAUCCACGUUUGGAGCUCGCUGUUGUUAUGCUCAUCAUUCCAUUCUUUGUCAAUAUUUUAAUAUUCUGGGUUACGGAUAAUUUCCUAAUGUAUCAUCCGAGAGGAGUGAGUUCCAAGAUAAAGACUAAGGUACGAUAUCAAUCAAUAAAGAAAGAGAAAUCAGGAUCAGAAGACGAGGAGCAAUCAGCAGAUGAGAGACUGCUUCGUGCUGAUGUAUGACCCAACAACAAGCCCAAUGUGUUCAGGGCUUAAUUGGCAAUCUCCUACCUUAUGAACUCGAAAUUACUGACUUGCCUUUACUUUUUGCAUAAGGUUUUUGCUUUUUUUUAAUACAUUUGGGUAUUGAUACUACUAUUGAUACUCGAUUAUUAAUUUUGUGAAAAAUUUGUACUAGAUUUGUUCGAAUACGCAUUUUAUAUGUAUAUUUUUUAAACUUACUAAACAUAUCGUAAAGGGAUCUGAAUUAAAUU